AUGCCUUUCCGUAGUAUUUUGAAGGUACCAGUGGGCCGAUUGACCUCGGUGAGGGGUUUGCAUGCAGGACAACAACUAUUAAAAGCGCAGGUGUUUGCCAUGCCAGCGAUGUCCCCCACAAUGGAAAAGGGAGGAAUCGUGGAAUGGAAGUUUAAAGUUGGCGAGUCGUUCUCUGCUGGCGAUGUUCUGCUGGAGGUGGAGACCGAUAAGUCACAGAUUGACGUGGAAGCACAGGACGAUGGGAAAAUGGCGAAGAUCAUCGUGGACAACGGGGCCAAAGAUGUGAACGUAGGAGAGGUCAUUGCAUAUCUAGCCGAACCGGAAGAUGAUCUAGCUUCUUUGGAGCUCCCAAGUCCAGACUCAUCCAGCAAGAAAGAGGCUUCGUCGAAGAAGGAGGAAAAUACCAACAAGAAGGAGACGGCUGCCGAGCCAGCCCCUAAAGCUGUACCUUCCACCAAAAAGCCAGCAGCCAGCUCUUCUAGUGGCACCAGGGCCUCGGAACAGGCCAAUCCGUCUCAAGUCUUGUUACCUUCUGUGCAAAUUUUACUUCACGAAAACAACAUUUCCGCUGAGGACGCUAUUCAAAAGAUUCCAGCUUCUGGUCCCAACGGCAGGAUUCUCAAAGGUGACGUUCUUUCGUACGUGGGUAAAGUGUCUCAGGACGCAGCGAGCAAACUCACUCAGUAUAUUAAAAAGUUUGAAAAGCUGGACUUGUCCAAUAUCGAGUUGAAAGCUCCUGAACCUAAGCAAGCGAUCAAGAGCGAGGCCCCGGGACCUGUAAAGCCUCAACCUGUCGUUCUAUCGGAACAACUCUACUUAAAGACGGCACAAAAUGUAUCUCUAGAGCAAUUUGCCAAGUCCCUCAGAGCCUACAUCAAUGAGGCAAAGUAUUUGUCUCACGAUCAGCCAGUCGCCAAUUCUCAUUCUGAUCACUACGAUCAUCUUUUCGAAGAGUUAAUUACUCCAGAACCUACACAACCAAGGUUUCAAGUUUCCUAUGAUUUGAUCCCAACAUCAGUACGGGACCUAACCCCUCAGCAGCACGACGACAUCUUCGAUCUUUUGGCUGGUCCUUCCAAUUUGUCGACCAAAGUGGAUACUAACCUUCAAGUUGAGCAGUCCAAUGAGUAUUUGGUUGAUUUGAAGGUUACCGUAAGUGACAAAUUUGGCGAUGCAAACAUUAAGGCCCAAAGGUUUGUUGACUACGUCAGAGACUUGGAAACCUCUCCCGAAAACUAA